GUAAGCGUUGAGGCAUAGACUUGUUUUCAUUCUCUCUAAAAUUUCUACAACCUUUAUUACAAAAACGAUCAGUUUUAAAAAGUUAGUUCAUUUGCAGUUGAAUUGUCCUACACGAGCUUUAUCAUGAAAUUGAACUUUCGAGUCUACUUUUUAAGUUAGAAUUUUAUACGUUACAAAUUUCAAGUUAGUUGUUCUUCCUUCACUAACAAUGUACAGAUCAGAUAAGCUGAACCUGCUGUUGGCUAUCCUACUUGCUCUGAUGACGCUUCCCUCGCUGGUCAACAGUCAAGCCAACCCGAUCCUCGACACUGGAGCCGACCUGAUUAUUAACGGUGCGCUUCCGCCCUACGACAAAUUCCCAGAGUCCGACAUCAGCUAUCAGACUUUCGACUUCAUAGUGGUGGGAGCUGGACCAGCCGGCUGCACAGUAGCAUCACGUCUCUCAGAAAUUUCCAGAUUCUCCGUCCUUCUCCUAGAAGCCGGUCCCGAAGAAUCGUUCAUCGGAGAAACUCCUCUGAUAAACGAAGCUAUGAUAACUUCGCCUACCUAUAAUUGGGGGUACAAGAUGGAGAAGGAGGACGGUGUGUGUAGGGGUGGUGUGGGGGGACGCUGUGAUUGGCCCAAUGGGAAAGGGGUGGGAGGGGGGACGCUUGUCAAUGCCAUGGUGUGGACUAGGGGUGACCCCACUGAUUAUGAUAAGUGGGCUGCUUUGGGCAAUGAUGGAUGGAGCUACUCAGACAUACUUCCCUACUUCAUCAAGUCAGAAACCAUGGACAUACCGAGUCUCCGCAACUCACCCUUCCAUGGAACCCGGGGUCCAGUCCAUCUCAACUACCCCAGUUACCAGCACGAUCUAUCGCGAGCAUUCCAGAGAGCUGGCAGGGAAAUCGGACUCAACUACUCAGAUUACAACAACCCCAACGAGAGGAUAGGAUUUUCAAGAAUCCAAGCGUCACUUCACAAGGGCAGACGUUUCAGUGCAGCCAAAGCGUACCUUUGGCCUGCCAGAUAUAGGAGGAAUCUUGUGGUACAGAAAUAUGCGUUUGUCACAAAGAUUAUUAUAAAAAACCGACGAGCUGUUGGGGUGGAUGUGAUACUAGGUAAAAAUUUCGAACAAAAGGUAAAGGUAUUUGCACGCAGGGAAGUGAUAGUCACCGCUGGUGGUUUCAAUAGUCCGAAAUUAUUGAUGUUAUCCGGUAUAGGUCCACAACAACAUCUUCAAAGUCUUGGUAUUCCAGUUAUCCAGAACCUUUCCGUAGGAUACAACCUUCAAGAGCAUGUAUCCACAGCAAGUUUGGCGUUUUUGGUAAAUGUUACUGACGCAGGAUUGCAAUGGGAUCUACCACUGAUACCAACUAUCCAAUCAGUCAAAGAGGUGGCUUUAUUCGGCCAAGGUAGAUACUCAAUUUUGGGGUGUGAGAGUUUUGCUUACGCUCAAACUAAAUACGCCACUGGUAGGGUACCUGAUAUCGAGUUUCUCUUUGUCACAGGCUCUUUAGCGGUAGAUUGUGGCAAGGUUCAGCAGAAAUCAAGGUAUUUGGAUGAAGGUUUCUACAAGAGACAGUAUUCAAACAUCUGCUACAAAACCGCAUGGAAUAUUUGGCCGAUGUUGUUGUAUCCGAAAAGUAGGGGAACUGUGAAACUUAGAAGCAGAAACCCUUUUGAUGAUCCCAUAAUCCAUGGGAAUUUUCUGUCAAACGAACAAGAUUUGAUAACUUUAGUUGAUGCCUUGAAAAUAGUACUAAGAAUCAGUAAAACCAAAGCUUUACAAAAAUAUGGCUCCAAACUAUACUCAAAACCCAUGGAGGGAUGUACACAGUAUGUAUUUGAGUCAGAUGAGUACCUGGGAUGUCUUGUGAGGCAAAUUACCACAAUGUUCCAUCAUCAGUGUGGAACGUGUAGGAUGGGACCAGACAGUGAUAGAGAUGCAGUUGUUGACAAUAGGUUGAGAGUACGUGGUGUGAAAGGUCUAAGAGUUGCUGACACUUCUAUAAUGCCUGAAAUCAUAGCUGGACAUACUAUGGCUGUUGCAUAUGCCAUUGGUGAGAAGGCUGCUGAUAUGAUCAAGGAGGAUAAUCUUUGAGGAUGAAUUAUUUCAAAAUUAUCUAUAUUCAAUUGGACAUGUUGGAUAGAAUGUAUAGAUCAAUGGGAAAUGUAACAAAUGUAUAUCCUAGCUCUGUGACUAUCGAUUGUAAUACA